CUUUUAUUCUGAAAGCAAGCGCCCAGACAUCGCAGCUUCCGCCCUUCCAGCCGAACCGAGCUGUCAGCGCAGAGGUUCGACUGCUGUCUCACCGGGGAACCGACCCAGAUACGCGGCAGGUUCGGACCAGGACCCAGUGCAGAACUGCGCCAUGGACCAGGAAAAUAUUUUCCUCUUUGUUCCGAAUUUAAUCGGCUACGCCCGGGUGGUUCUGGCGCUGCUCUCCUUCUACCUGAUGCCCUGCUGCCCGUGGCCGGCGGUCUUCUGCUACCUGCUGAGCGCGCUGCUGGACGCCUUCGACGGCCACGCCGCCCGGGCCUACAACCAGUCCACUAAGUUCGGGGCCAUGAUGGACAUGCUGACGGACCGCUGCGCCACCAUGUGUCUGCUGGUCAACCUGGCGCUGCUCUACCCGUCCUACACCUUCCUCUUCCAGCUCAGCAUGUGUCUGGACAUCUCCAGCCACUGGCUGCACCUGCACAGCUCCACGGUGAAGGGAUCAGGAAGCCACAAAACCAUCGACCUGUCCGGGAACCCGGUGCUGCGGCUCUACUACACCUCAAAGCCGGUGCUGUUCGUGAUGUGUGCCGGGAACGAACUCUUCUUCUGUCUGCUCUACGUUCUGCCCCACGUCCAGAACCCUGCAGCCUGGCUCCUGGUGCUGCAGGGGUUCUGCGGGAUCAUCUGCCUGCUGAAGUCGGCCAUCAGCGUGCUGCACCUGGUCACCGCCUCUCAGAACAUGGCCGCCCUGGACGCCGCCGAGCGCGCCGCCGCCGCCAAGAAGUUCUGAAAAGGCCCGGCAGCGGCCCGGAAGAGGCCCGGCAGCGGCGGUGGGAGCCGCUCGUGUUCUUGGAGGGAAUUAAAAUGACUUCUGACCAAAUUUUACAAAGAAAUGUUCUGGUUCUGGACCCGGCGGGCCCCAGAUUCACAAAGAUGUUCUGGUUCUGGACCCGGCGGGCCCCAGAACCUCCUGAGUUUACCUUAAUUUGCUCCACAUGUGUUCCAUGUCUCCACAUUUAUUCCAAGCAGGGCUGGAUCAGAACCGAAAGAGCCCAGAACUCCCUUGGUCUGUUUCUCAGAAUAGUUCUGGGCAAAAAGUCCAUUCGGACCUCCCAGCUGGGUCCAGAACCACUGCUCCAGCGGGGCUGUUUCCAGCCACGGGGGGGGGGCGGCGGCGCCAGGGUUCGGACCCGGUUCAGCGCUGAUAAAGUCCAACUGGUUGGUUCCGUCUGGAGGUGUGCAGUGACGUCACCCUGCAGCUCUGAUGAUCCGGUUCUGUAGAACCUCUGAAGCCGUCAGCCGGGCCCACCUGAGCCCGCUGACUGCCCAGGGGUCCAGCAGAACUUUCUGGCCCUGUACGGUUUAAGACCCGAGCAGCGCAGCUCACCCAGAGGCUGUCCCGGUCCGUCCAGACUGGGUCACGGUUCUGAACGUCCAGAACCUCCAUGUUUUCAGAUCCAGUCACGGGUCGACUGCUUGUUUGGGUCGUGACCCGCAGAGACCAGAACUCCCAGAACACCUGCUGCUGUCUCGCUGCCCCGCGCUGACGGACCGGGCCCAACACAGAACCGGGCCCAACACAGAACCGGCCCGUAGAACUUCAUUCCUCCUGAAUAUGCGGAUCAAACCGGGUCUCUGAGCACUUCCUGUUUUGCUCCAGCUGAGCCCUGAUUGGUUGUUUAGUUUCCUUUGAUGCUGAGCGUCUUGCUGGCGGUUCUGACGGGUCCAAGCGGGUCGGUUCCUCCCAGAUGUUCAGCCAAACCGUUUAGUUCACAGAAAUGUUGUAAUUUAUUAUCUUCAUGUUUGUUUUGGAAUUUAAAGUGAAAACCCGGUGACCCGGUCUGGAGUUCUGUAGAACUAAACCCGGUGACCCGGUCUGGAGUUCUGCAGAACCAGGGUCCGGUGGCCUGGAGGUGUAAAAACAAGAGAAAGGAACCACAGAGCGACUCUGUUUUUGGGUUUAUUGGACCCGGGAUGUUGAGUUUCUGCAGAACCAGAACCGGACCGGACCGUGUUUAUAGGAAAUAAGAUGAAAAGUGUUUUAUUGAUGUUUUGUCUUCUGGGAUGUUAAAGAACAAUAAAGUUUUUGAGCUCCUUGA